UCAGCAGGAUGUAAAGCAGUGCAUCCUCAUUACAGGUGAUGACUCUAGCCGUCCCGGGCACCCCGUGUGUACAGGUGCAGGAUGGUGUCGCAGCUGGAGCGCAGCUGGACCGGAGCCGGCGUCUUCUGUGCUGUGGUCAGCAGUAGUCGCUAGGACCCCGCAGAUGUCUGUGAGCGGAGAGCAGCAGCACUGAGCAUGCGCGGACUGGGGCUGCUAGCUUGCUGCUCGGCUAGUUACUGAUAUAAACAGCUGGAGGUAGUGAGACACAGAAUGAGCGCAGGCAGAGAGCACUGUGUGCUGGUUACCGAGUAGCUCAGCCUGUCCUGAGCCUGCAGACAACAUGGAAUGCCAAAGGAAGCUGGAUGUAUCCUCUGAUUCUUCAUAGUCUAUUGGAGUGUUCACCUCUUACUUUUCCCUCCUCCUGUUUUCUUUGUAACAGAGACUGUAUCAUUCUUCGGAAAUUAUCCUAAAUGAUGGCGCAGACCUUUGGAUACAUUGCACUGGAUUUACCAGGGAGAUCUCAUACAUAGCUAGAAUGUGGUCAUGUUGCCUUGGAACUUUGAAGGGACAUGCAUUGUUGUGUCCAAAAUAUAUUCUUUAAUCCAUAGGUAAUUAAAGCAAUUUUUUGUUUGGGGACCCUUCCCCUCCCCUUUUUUUUUUUCAUUUUUUUUUUCUUUUUCAUUUUUUUUUACAGAGGGCAUGGCCAAACCUUUUUUUAGUCUACAGAAAUUUCUAAGGCGGGCUCAGUUUUUCCUCUUUUUUCUCACAAUUGCUUACUUAAUGGCUGGAAGUCUGCUACUUUUACAAAGGUCUUAUUUGGUGAUCCAACAAAACAACAGAGGGACUACCAGUAUUCAGGGAUCUGCAAUUGACAGUUUGAUGCCUGAUGAUCGAUAUAUGGAACGUAGGAUGUUUCAGUCCCCAUACUGGAAUCCAAAAGGAAUGGGGGAUGGAACUGUUCAAAGUAAAACAUUGACGAAUGCGCAACAUACUUUACUUGACCAGCCACUUUGGUUGAUAUCUCGGAACUCAGAGUUAAGGCAGCUGAGAAGAAGAUGGUUUCAUAAUUUUGUGAAUGAUCGAGAAACUGGCCAAGGCACAAUAUCAAAACUACAAAAGCAUACGCUUGUAAAUAAAGGUACAUAUAUUGGAUGUUUUACAGAUAAUGUGGAAGAAAGGACUCUGAAAGCUACAGUGUUUUAUGAUCUGAGGAAAAUGACUAUAAGUCAUUGUCAGAGCGCCUGUGCAGAAAGAACAUAUCUUUAUGCUGGUUUAGCAUAUGGAGCAGAAUGUUACUGUGGGAAUAGUCUGCCCUUGCACCAAGCCAAAGAAGAAGAAUGCAACAAUGAGUGCAAAGGAGAGAAAGGUUCUGUCUGUGGAGGUGUUAAUCGUCUCUCCGUCUUCCACUUAGAGGAGCUGCAAGCAAUGGUCAAGCAGAGGAGAAAUGUUACCUAUCGAGGAUGUUUCCGAGCUCCAGAAAAUGGGACACAAAUAUUUCCUGUCUCCUUCCUUAAUCUCAGCACUGAGAUGUGCUCAGAAUUCUGCUCUGCAAAAGAAUAUCCCUUGGCGAUUAUGCGAUGGCCGGAAUGCUUCUGUGGUUACCCAACUGUACAGUUUAACCUUUUUGAACACUUGGAUGACUCUCUUUGUGCCGGGUCCCUGAAUGACAGCAGUGGAUCGGAAGUCCUAAGGGAAGAUAGUUACUAUUCUGUAUACCAAACUCCCAUACAAGAUACCAGAUGUACAACAAGAAAGUUUUUACCUACAAAGUCCAAAGUAUUUGUUGCAUUGUCAAGCUUUCCUGGAGCAGGGAACACCUGGGUGAGGCACCUUAUAGAGCAUACUACAGGGUUCUACACUGGAAGCUACUACUUUGAUGGGACUUUGUACAAUAAAGGUUUUAAAGGAGAAAAAGAUCACUGGAGGAGCGGGCGGACAAUAUGUGUAAAGACUCAUGAAAGUGGCAAGAGAGAGAUAGAAAUGUACGAUUCCUCCAUUUUACUAAUCCGUAACCCUUACAAGGCAUUGAUGGCAGAAUUCAACAGAAAGUGUGGCGGACACCUUGGAUAUGCAACAGAAAGGCACUGGAAAAGUAAUGAAUGGCCAGAAUUUGUUAACAGCUAUGCGUCCUGGUGGGCCUCACAUGCACUGGACUGGCUCCAGUAUGGAAAGAAACUUAUUGUAGUCCACUAUGAAGAUUUGAAAAAGGACCUAACUGGAAAAUUGAGGGAAAUAGUGGCCUUUCUCAAUUUUCCAAUAAAUGACGAUCGUCUUCUUUGUGUGGAGAAUAUCAAGGAUGGGAAUUUCAAGCGAAUCGGCUCUAGCCAGUCAGUCAAGAAUCCCUUCACGCGGGAGAUGAAAGAUAUGAUCGAUGGAUAUAUCAGGACGGUUGAUAAAGCACUUAGAGCAAGAAACUUUACAGGCUUACCAGAGGAAUAUAUGCCAAGAUGAUAUCGGGAGCUUUCUGGAACAGUAUGCAUCACGGACAUCUGCAAAAUCUCUCUGUGCUGUGCUUCAGAGAAACUCAAUGUUUUAAGUAGAAUUGAAGAAAAGAAUAGAAGAGAGCUGACUAUAAAUUAAGACUGAAGCUAGACUAGUAGAAAGGUGGUUAAAAAUUCAGACUGAAGCUAUUAACAUAUUUUCUAUGUGUGUUCCUCCACUGUACUAAUGGCCAGGAGUUGUACAGUUGUACACUGUGUGUUCUAGAACUGAUUCCUUUGUUGAUGUGUGCUGCCUUUAAGCAAUACCUUUCAGGAGUAGUUUCAGAUGUUCUAGUGUCAGAACUGGCAAUCUAUCAGAAUUUCUUUCUUAAAAAAAUGAAUAAAGUUGGGAGCAGAAAAGGGCAUAUUUUCAUUACAA